AUGGAGGUUGUGAUGAAGAGGCCGCUUGUAACAAAGAAAGAGCUGAAGAAUGAAGCAGAUGGAGGUGGAGAAGCUAAUGGAGAGCGGUUCGUAAAAGUUGAGGUGUCACCAGCAAAAACAGUUGAAAAGUCAUCUGCCAACACUUCAUCCAGACCAUCUUCAAACUCAAAAGAUUCAUCCACAAUCAGCCAGGAAGAUCAAAUAGAAUCAACAAAAGCAGAAAUAGGGGAGGUUAAAGAAGAGAAUCAAAGGCUGAAGAACUUAUUAUCACAAAUAGUGAAAGAUUAUCAGUCUCUUCAGAUGCACUUCUUUGACAUAGUGAAACAAGAACAACCUAACUUAGUUAAAAAUUCACCAGCAAACGAGCUGACAGCCAUUUCACAUGAAUCAGAAGAAACUGAGCUUGUUUCUCUCAGGCUUGGGAUGAACACAGUUGCUAGACACAAGAAGCUUGAAGAGAAGAUGAUGAUGAAAACAAAUACUAAAAGUAAAGAAGAUGGUCAUGUUGAAGAAGAAGAAGAAGAAGGGUUGACUUUAGGUUUAGACUGCAAGUUUGAAGGAUAUGAUGAUAAAAAUAAUGAGUAUAGAGACCUUGCAUCAAACCCUAGUUCUGAUGAUAGUAUUGAGGAGAUCAAAGAUGAGGCUGGUAAGUCUUGUCCUCCAAACAAAAUAUUGAAGAAUUUGAGAUCUGGAGAUGAUGAAGUCUUGCAACAAACACAUGCUAAGAAAGCAAGGGUAUCUGUGAGAGUGAGAUGCCAAACUCCGACGAUGAAUGAUGGAUGUCAAUGGAGGAAGUAUGGGCAGAAGAUUGCGAAGGGGAAUCCAUGCCCAAGAGCUUAUUAUCGAUGCACGGUUGCACCAGCUUGUCCCGUGAGGAAGCAGGUGCAAAGAUGUGCUGUCGACAUGUCGAUUUUAAUCACUACAUAUGAAGGAAAUCACAACCACCCUCUUCCAAUGUCAGCCACUGCCAUGGCCUCCACCACCUCUGCCGCCGCCUCUAUGCUAAUCACCGGCUCUUCCUCCUCCCAUUCCUCUGGCAUUCCGGCCGCCUUCCCUUCUUCUACUCCUCCGAUCAUCACCGGCAUCAAUUCCGGUCUCCACAACCUCAACUUCAGCCUAUCAAAUAACCCAAGAUCAACAACACCUUUCUAUCUCCCAAACACCACAAUCUCUCCUUCCCCUUCCUACUCCACAAUCACUCUUGACCUCACCACUCCACCUUCUUCAACCACCCAAACCUCCCAAUUCAAUAAAUUCUCUCCCAUGUCUAAUUCAAGCUCAAGCUUCAGCAUAUCUAUGCCAUCUUCAUGGAGCAGUAGAACAGGGUACAUGAGUUGUGCAGCUCUUGACCAAUCCUACAAACCAAAUUAUCCACAGGAUUCUUUCUACCAAUCUUAUAUUCAGAAUUCAGCUCCCACGUCAUCUAUGACGCAAAACUUUUGUACUGAUUCGAUAGCAAAGGCAAUCACUUCUGAUCCCAGCUUCCAAUCAGUGCUACAGGCAGCUAUUACAUCUUAUGUUGGAGCAAGUGGAAGCCAAAGUGGUGAAGUUGCUCAUCAUGGACAGAGCUAUGGUGGUAAAGACAACACAACAGCCUCCAACUUGUUUGGGUUAAGUGUUCCUUCAAGCUCCAGUGCUCAACAAGGAAGUUUAAUGGCGGUGUCAAGCUCCAAGAGUACAGCCUCUGCAUCACCAGUGGAUAUUAGCUGGGAUAACAAGAAGUGAAUUGCUUAUGGUUACUUAACGCAGAUCAAUUUAACCAUAUUGAAUUUUUUUUUUCUUUAAUUGUCACCGUUGAAACUGGAUGGAGUUGGAGGAUGUUGUAAAUAUUGAAAUUAAUUGGUGUCAUGGGAGAUAAAUUUUGUUGAAUAUUUGGGGUCCAUUAAAUAUGUUCAGAUUGC